AAAACCACGCCCCGUUAUUCAGAGAGGCGUUCUACUACGCUCCCAUUGGCUAGCUAGCGUUGUCUCACUCACAUGCGACCAGCGCAGAGACAGUGGCCUUCCAAGAGUGUAUUUCCGAGUGUCAAGAUGAAGAUAGCUGUGCUUGGAGCCACUGGACAGACGGGACAGUAUCUGGUGAACCAAGCUCUUCAGCAGGGACACGCUGUCACUGCCAUUGUCAGGAACCCAGGGAAAUUGACAGUGCAACAUGAGAAAUUAAAGGUGGUUGAGGGCAAUAUCUUCUCAGAAGACAGCCUUAAACUUCACUUCCAAGGACAAGAUGCAGUUAUAUCCUGCCUGGGGUUCCCUGCAUCCUUUCUCUCCGGAGUCACUGGAUACACCUUGUCUAUGAGGGCUGCAGUAAAUGCCAUGAGAGAGGCCAAAGUGAACCGCAUUAUCACCAUGACUUCAUGGUACACUGACCCUAACUCUGGCACACAGUCAUCUUACCUCAUCCGCUUCCUGCUGCUGCCAAUGAUCCGAAGUGUCCUUAGCAAUAUGUUUGAGAUGGAGCACUUUCUGAAGAAGACACAGGAUGUUAACUGGACAGUUGUCAGGCCGCCGGGUCUCAAGAAUUUACCUGCCACAGGUAAAGAGUUCCUUACCCACGAGGGCUACUUUGUUCCUGACUCCAAUGGCCUGCCUGUAGGAAGUGCUGUAGGAAGGGGUGAUGUGGCUCGUUUCAUGCUCUUCCUCCUCAACACCGAUGUCUGGUUCAACAAAGCGGUUGCCAUCACAACCAAAAAUGAAUGAAAUGCUAUCAAUGUUCUGUUUGUUUCAGCCUUUAAUUGUAAUAUUGUUUACCAUCUGGUGCUAUUUUCAUUAUUGUGAAUAUUUUAUGAAAUGUAUUUCUGCUGGGUUGAGCAAAAUGUGUCAAUGUUUUUAUUCCAUUUAUGAUAUGGAGUUUGUUACCCAAUAAAGACAAGCUAUAUUUUUGUGGCUUGGCAUGAAGCAAACAUUUAAAA